UUAAAGUUUAAACUGUCAAACUCUAUAAUAAAUAUCGUAGUAUUUGUAUUCUCUGUGCUCUUUCAUCUUUGCAAUAUAACGAAAUAACGAACGAUCGUCGAUGUAAAUUUUAUUACAUCCGAAAAUAAGCAAUGUUUUUAUAGAUAGGUACCUACCUAUCUAAUUCGAAAUUAUUGAUGUGGUUUUGAACCCUGUACCUGUAGUGAAUAAACGUGGAAUAAACAUUAUACUCUUUGCUGUAGUGCAAUCGCGUUUAUGCGCAGUAACGAUUCGAGAUGUUGUCUAAUCGCUUCAGACAUGGUGUAUAUAAAUAUAGUGCAUAUAAAUACUUGGGUAUAGCACGACGAUCGUUAUCUAGCAUUGAUGCAUUGGAUCAGACAGAAAAUCUGAACAAUUGCUUAACAACUUUGCCUACAAAAGCCAAGGUAGUAAUAUGUGGCGGAGGCGUUAUGGGAGCCGCUGUGGCUUAUCAUUUAUCAAAACGGGGAUGGGGUGGAGAAACCAUCGUCAUAGAAAAAGAAAGGAUUGGAGCAGGGAGUCGGUGGCAUUCAUCAGGUCUAGUUGGUGCUUUUAAGCCAUCCUUAGCCCAAGUACGAAUUGCUCAGUCUUCCAUACAACUUCUUAAAGAUCUUGAAUCACGUGGGAGAGAAACUGGCUGGAAGCAGUGUGGAUCUCUUCUGUUGGCAAGAACUAGGGACAGAAUGACUGUCUAUAGGCGAAUGAAAAGUCAGUCAGUGUCCUGGGGCAUCCCAUGUGAGCUUGUUAGUCCAAAACGCUGUCAAGAAAUUUGGCCAUUGCUUAAUGUUGAGGACGUCCUUGGUGGACUUUGGAUACCAGGCGAUGGUGUUGGCGAUCCAUAUCUUUUUUGCAUGUCACUCAUGAGGGAAGCUACUGACAAUGGUGUAGGAAUAAUGGAAGAAUGUUCCGUAACUGCAGUUCAUUCUAAGAACGGUCGGGUUUCCGGAGUCGAAACCACCCAAGGGUCCAUCGAAUGUCAAUAUUUUGUUAACUGUGCUGGAUUUUGGGCAAGGCAGGUUGGACAACUCGCCAAACCACAAGUUAAAGUACCAUUACUGCCGUGUGAACAUUAUUAUUUGCACACUAAACGUAUUGAAAAUCUGGAUCCAAUGACACCAGUUGUGCGCGAUCCAGAUGGCUAUAUAUAUUUACGUGAAAGGGAUGGGUGUAUCCUAGCCGGAGGAUUUGAGCCGAUAGCCAAACCUGUUUAUGAAGAAGAGAUUGAGAACUCGGCCCAACGGUGUCUCCCAGAGGACUGGGACCACUUCCACGUGCUUCUCCAAGAAUUGCUGAAGCGCGUACCCAGUUUGAACCAAGCCGUCUUGCACAAACUUUGCAAUGGUCUGGAAGCAUUUUCACCGGAUUGCAAGUGGAUUGUCGGGGAAGCACCUGAGAUGUUCAAUUACCACGUAGCGGCUGGUAUGAAGACGGUUGGCAUAUCGGCCGCCGGCGGGGUGGCUGAGGCGACUGUGGACGAAAUAGUCGAAGGAUACACAAAAUACGACAUGUACGAGCUGGACAUCAGCCGUUUCCUCGGAUUGCAUAAUAAUAAACGAUUCCUGAGGGAUCGGGUUAAAGAAGCCCCAGGUGUUCACUAUGGUCUAUCGUAUCCCUUCCACGAGUUUGAGACGGGCCGUAACCUUCGCCUGUCACCGAUCUACCCGACUCUUAGGGACAAGGGCGCUGUUUUCGGACAGGUGAUGGGCUACGAGCGGCCCACUUGGUUCGAACCUGUUGAUAAAGACGCAGACAAACCCAGGCCGUUCAAGACAGCCUAUACGAAAACCUUCGGCAAGCCGCACUGGUUCGAAACAGUGCAAAGGGAAUAUUGGGCUUGUAGAGAAGCUAUCGGUCUAGCCGACUAUUCGUCUUUUACCAAAAUUGAUUUACAGUCUCAGGGCAACGAAGUAGUGGAACUGCUACAGUACUUAUGUUCGAACGACGUGGAUGUGCCGAUCGGAAGUAUUAUACACACGGGGAUGCAGAACGAACGCGGCGGAUAUGAGAACGAUUGCAGCUUGGCGCGUAUCUCGGAGAAUCAUUACAUGAUGAUCGCGCCAACGAUCCAACAGACGCGCUGCAAGGUGUGGAUCAGACGUCACCUGCCGCCCAACGGCUCGGUGACUCUCUCCGACGUGACGUCACUGUACACGGCCAUCUGCAUACUGGGCCCGUUCACCAGGAGCCUGCUGUCUGAGCUCACGGACACGGAUUUGUCUCCGUCCAACUUUCCCUUCUUCACAUUUAAGGAGCUAGACGUGGGUCUCGCUAACGGUGUUCGCGCUAUGAAUCUCACGCACACGGGUGAACUCGGAUACGUGCUCUAUAUACCUAAUGAGUUCGCGCUGCACGUAUACAACCGGCUCACAACAGAGGGUGAGAAGUACGGCAUCACACACGUGGGCUACUACGCGGCGCGGUCCCUGCGCGUGGAGAAAUUCUUCGCGUUCUGGGGACAGGACCUGGACACUAUGACCACGCCGCUAGAGUGUGGGCGCACGUGGCGGGUCAAGUUCGACAAACACAUACCGUUCAUCGGGCGAGACGCUUUAUUACAACAGCGCAAGGAGGGCGUACACAGGCAGUACGUGCAGCUGCUGUUAACGGACCACGACCACGAGCUGGACCUGUGGUCGUGGGGCGGCGAGCCAAUAUACAGGGACGGCAAUUACUGCGGACAAACUACCACCACGAGCUACGGGUUUACGUUCAAGAAACAGGUCUGCCUUGGGUUUGUUCAAAAUCUGGAUAAGGAUGGCAUCCCUCAAAAGGUUACGAACGAAUACAUCUUGAGUGGUCAUUACGAAAUUGAUAUUGCUGGAAUAAGAUACGCAGCAAAAGUAAAUCUGCACUCUCCGAACUUGCCGACAAAGUAUCCCGACAAGGAACGUGAUGUUUACCAAGCCACAAGGAAGUUACACGAAUCGCAACACUUGGGAAGACAUUACCAGCCUUAGAUAAUAAGGCGCGAAAGUGUCAAUAAAACAUUCAUAAUAGUAGAAGAUCCACUUUCACCGGCGUGAUAAUAGAAAGAGACCAAUUUUAUAAUAAAUUUAGUCUAUUAAAAAAUGUAUUAAAAAUACAUUUUUUAUUAUUUAAAAAUGGAAAAUCCUGGACAGGACAUUUUUAAUGAAUGAAAAAAAAAAUACCUUUUAAUUAAUUGCAGUAUCAAGAUAACAAAAAAAAAUUAUAAUAGACUUAUAUGAAACCUACAGAAUGUGCAGUCAUAGUCGUUUUCUAAUAUUUACCGGGACAAAUGGUUAGGUUGGCAGGUAUAAACAGGUAUGUCGGUACCAGUUACUUUCACUUGAUAGGAUGAUGAAAAAAAAAAUUGUCAGCGCUGUUUUAUUACAAAAUUGUUUUAUUAUCUCGAAACUGCAAUUAAUAAAAAAUGAAAAUAAUUUUUUUUUAAUAAUUAAUUAAAAAAUAUCCUGUCCAGGAUUUUCCCAGUAAACCCAUUUUUAAUACAUUUUUUAAUACACUAAAUUUAUUAUAAAAUUGGUCUCAUUCUAUUAUCACGCCAGUGAAGGUUGACCUAUAUUUGGAUCUUAGACUAUAAUUAUUAUAUCAUCACUGUGAUUGGUAAUAUUUGCUGUGUUUAAAAUGACUAGUUUAUCGAAAACCUUGCCUUAAAAGUAAUAUACCUAUAGCUCUUUCUUGCAACCCUUAAAAAUUAUAGGCCAAAGUAAAUGUUUGCAUUAAGUUAAGUAUUCAAAGUGGAGGUAUUUUAAUAUUAUUAGAAAUAUAUUAUAUUUUAUUAAAUCAUACUUACCAUAUUAUAAACGUACAAGUUUGUAAGUAAAGAUUGAUGGAUGGAAUGGAUGCAUGUUUGGUACUCUUUCACAUAAAAACUACUGGACUGAAUUGGAUGAAACUUUACAGGAAUAUUAGUUAUACAUCAGAAUUAUAUGUGAACUAAAAGUAAUACUAAGUUUGCACGCGGGAUCAUCCGGAGGCCAAACCGUGCGGAUCACUGGACAGCUAGUAUUUUGUAAUAUUUAGAACAGUAAAUUGAAAAUCAAUAAGAAAGUUUUUAAAAAAUUUGUACUAAGAUUAAAAAAACAUACAUUGUUUUAAUAUAAACAAGAUAAAAGCAAUAAAUGCAUAGUUAUGUAACUUGUUUUUACCAUUUUUCUCAGAAUAUUACAUAAAUAUGAAGAAAUAAAAUUAUUCUCUAUUCAA